AUGAAUCACCUUCCAGACUCCCCUCCUCAAGCUCAGCACGCUCAGCCAGGCGGCUCCGGCUCCACCGACCCUCCUCGCCAGCUUCAAGUCCAGCAAUCUGUAUCAGGCGGAUUCGGCUACGCCCAGCCUUCCCCCCAAGCCCAGCAAGGCGGCUACAGCCAGCGCUACUCCAACUCUCCGUCCCCAUCUCCCGACUUCUCGCCUCCGACUCCCUCCGCCCCGUCUUCGCGAACUUCUCGCCCACCCAGGGGCGACCGCAGCCGACCCCGAGAAAUCAUUCACCUGCAUCCCGGGUUCACUUGGAACCGCGAGAGCCUAGCGCUACUCUGCAAGAGCAAGGAGGUUGGCAAGAAGGGCUUUGGACUGAUUGCCAACUCGGGCAAGUUUCCGGGCAAGACGGAGAAGGAGCUGCAGGAUACAUGGGCGACGCGUAAGAUGGAGGCGAAGGAGUACUAUCAUGAUGUGUAUCAGAAGCCGCGCCAGCGCUGA